CAUCCUGGGAGAAUUUACAGGAAGUGUGUAUACUAACGGGGGGCCAAUUCUCGCGUGAAAUGCCCUUCGGGAGAAGCUGAAGGAAGCGUCGACGAGGUAAUCCGAAGCGAGAGAGUUAUGCGCUAUCUAGCAACUCCUGGACGGAUGCUGGGUGUUGCUGGGAGGACGUCCCCUUUCGCCCGGCGUUUCCCAUCGCGUCACGGGUCUCUCAGGGCUGCUGCUGCUACUGCUGUGGCGUGACUAGGCCUAAACUCGUCGCCAGUGGUCUACAUUACACAACUCACUGCCAUCCAAAUUCUUACAUAAACUUAAAAAGGAAAAAAAAAAUAUACGGACGUAUUUUGUGCUAAAUCAGUGGAAUGACCAGAUCGAGUUAAGUCACUUAUCUGAAUAAAAUUCCGGAAACUGCUUGACGGCCAUUAGUGAACAGUCAGUCACCUGUUUGAGUGCAUGUGUGAAAUUAGGUGAUCGUACUGCCGGCUACCAUGGCUCUAUUGUCAUCCGGGAAGUGCGGCAGCAACGCCAGCGGCGGCGGCAGCGGCAACGGCGGUGGGUCGCCGCCCCCUCCUCUACCCUCGGUCAGAAACGUCACCGGAAGUGGGAACGCCACUGCCCUUCUGCCGCCAGCCAUGUACUGCCCCAUGCUGCCCCCCUGGCACCUGGCUCUCCUCACGCAUCAUGCCCUACACGUCAGAGGACUUGGCAUGAGCAAUAGCGGUGCCGGGCCUUACCUUCCUCUACCGCCGAUGUUCAGCCCCGCAGCUCUCCCCCCUGGAGGAGGGACAGGCCUCCCGAGGGGCCAUCUCCCCCUGCACUCCAUCACACAUUCUCAGACAUACGAAAGCAACUCUUCCCGUACGGAAAGCACCCAGAGCGCUGGCUCUGACGAAGGAGGAGGAGGAGGAGGAGGAGGAGGUCUCCACGCCUACGAGGACCAAGACCCGAUGGAAGGCGGCGGCGGCGCCGGAGGGCUGGACGAGGGCCAGGAGAUGUCGCCCAACCCCCACGACCCAGGGGCACGCUAGUGGCUCCAGUGCACGCGAUAUCACCCGCCCAAACUGCCGCGGGUGAAGCGGCGAGAAGGAGGUCAAAAGCGGAAAUUAGGUCGCAACCCCCGAGUGCCGUUUUCUUCCACCCAGCUGGCUGCCCUGGAAGCUCGAUUCAACCAGUCCCAGUACCUCUCAUCCUGCGACGUGGCCGAUCUGUCGGCGCUUCUCAACCUCACGGAAACCAGGGUCAAGAUCUGGUUCCAAAACCGGCGGGCGCGCGAACGCCGGGACCGAGAGGCGCGAGCCAAGGGCCUGCUCCCGCCUUCGUCGUUAGGGCCGCAUUCCUCUCCCGUGCCCUCGUCGUCGUCCUCUUCGUCGUCGUCUACUUCAGGCAGCGGCCCGUUGCCGCCCUCGGCGUUGGCUCUCUACCAGUUCACUGCUGCCCUGGCGCCAGGAUCGGCCUCGGCCUUCUCUCCCGUCUUGCCCCGCCCAUCUUUCGAGACCACGCCCGCGCACCACGCCGACUCCUCCUCCUGCGAGCCGACCGCCCAUCUCCACCACCACGACGACUCCCCGAUCGCCCCGCCCACUCUGCGUGACGUCAGCAGCAGCCUUCUCCCCUCCAAUGACGCGGGCCGGAGUGUAGUAGCAGCGUCUCCCAUCCUGAAGAAGGUCAAUAGCAUCAUGGGAUCGUCGCCGCCCGGGACUUCGGCGGCGAUAGCAGCGGCCCCUCCGUCCCCGAUGGGGUGUGAACUGAUAUCGCCCGGGCUGCCUAACGACCGCCCGAUGUCCCUGUCUCCUAAGAAGACGAAAAGUAGCGUGCUGUCCGAUGCCAGCCCGGGCACGCCCUAAGAGAACCUCAAGAGUCAGAAAAGACUCCAAGAACCAGAAAAGAUCUGGUACAUUAUUACGACCCAGGAUGACCUUAGGGUCACGAACAAAUGCACAGAACUUCUACAAGACCCAGGGAGUAUUAGGUACCUUGACACGACCUAGAAUGACUUCAGGGGUCAUAAAGAAAGGCCCAGAAUCUCCCCAAGUACCGGAGAGGAUUUUCUACCCUGACACGACCUAGAAUGACCUCAGGGGUCAUAAACAAGGGCACCGAAUCUCUCCAAGUACCAGAGAUGCUUUCGUAUCUUGAUACGACCUAGAAUGACUCAGAGGUCAUAAGCAAGGCAUCAAGAUCUCUCCAAACACCUAAGAGACCAAAUACCCAAACAUGCCCUUGACUUCAAGACGUAUGAAUAAGGCCAAGGAAAUCUCUCCGAUUGUCUGUGAAAUAAGGUACCCUGACAUGACCUAAGUUGACCUGCAAGAGAAAAAGGUCACUUUAAGGGCCAUAAAGACUUUUGUACCCUGGUGUCAUUUAAGUGAUUGACAGGGCAUUGUUAAUUAAUCCUGUAAUGUAUUUAUAUUUAAAUCAUCGCAAUCAUCGUGAUUAUCAUCAUCAUAACUCAGGCUAUCGCUUUUACUAUUAUUAUUAUUACUAUCAUUAUCAUGAGGUUAUUAAUUUCGUCAUUGUUUCAAAAAGGGGCUAUUAUUUUGAUCAUUCAAGAAGGGGCUACUAUUUUUUACGAUUAUUUUAAAAAGGAGCUAUUAUUUUUAUCAUUAUUUCAAAAAGGGGCUAUUACUUUUAUCAUUGUUUCAAAAAGGGACUACUAUUUUAUCAUUGUUCCAAAAAGGGGCCAUCAAUUUUUACCAUUAUUUCAAAAAGGGCCAUUAAAAAGAGAUGUUAUUUCUAUCAUUAUUUCAAAAAGGGGCUAUUAUUUUUAUCAUUAUUUCAAAAGGGGCCAUUAUUUUUUAUCUAUUUCAAAAAGAAGCAAUCUUUUCUUAUCAUUAUCUCAAAAAUGGGCUAUUAUAUUUAUCAUUAUCUCAAGAAAAAGGCGAUCGUUUCUUAUCAUUAUCUCAAAAAUGGGCAAUUAUUUCUUAUCAUUAUCUCAAAAAAGGGCAAUUAUUUUUUAUCAUUAUCUCAAAAAAGGGCAAUUAUUUCUUAUCAUUAUAUCAAAAAAGGGGCCGUUAUUUUUAUCUAUUUCAAAAAAUUAUUUCUAAUCAAUAUCUCAAAAAGGGGCUAUUAUUAUUACUAUAAUUUCAAAACGGUGUUGUAUUAUUAUCAUUAUUAAUGGGAGAAAAUGAAAAUCGUACUUCUAUUUUCUUUGCUACAUACACAUUUUUACGCAUUUACUAUUUACACAAUGUGUAAAAAUGUGCAUAUAACAAAAAGGAAGUAGAUACAAAUUUCACUUAAUAGAUAAUAUUCUCC